AAAAAAAACAGUGUGUGUAUAUGAAUCGAAAAAGACCUUAAUUCUCAGAGAUUUAUAAAUCUUGGGAAAAUUCUGACCAAAUCUGUUUCCCUCUCUUUAUCUCUCCUUGUGUUGCGUAUUCCUCAGACUGAUUCUCUAAGCCGUGUCCGUGUGCCAGUGUCUGCCCUUGUUUUAUUAUCACUGCCGCAGUUCCUAUUCUUGCCCGCCAACUGUUCGUCAAAUUGCCUGAACCAAUUUCAUAGUAAGUUUUGUUCUUCCCAAAAGUUUGGAUUUUGGGGAUUCUGGGUUUUUUUCAAACUACUCCUCCGAGAUAUCAAGAAUGGCUACUACUUCGAAUGGAAACUCUAAGAAAAGAGAUGGUGGUUUAUCGUCGCUUGCCCCUCGCAAAAUCAACGUCCAGAAAUUCUCAGAGGCUCGAGCAGCGGAGCUCGAAUCUCUUCACUCCAUUGUGUCUGAACGUUUGAACAAGGACUUUCGAUCAAAGAGGAAUAAGAGGAGAAGGACCAAUUCUUACAAUAAUCAACCUGCAAAGAAGCGUUAUAUACAGAGGCAGAAAUCAGAGUCAUUGAUUGGUCAAGUAUCAGGAGGAGGAGACCAUGAAACAAAGAUCACUAGACGAGUUAAGAGAAGAAUGGAACUUAAAGGGAACCCUCAAUCUGGUUUUUGUACUUCUGGUGAUGGGACAAAGAGGCUGAGAACACAUGUUUGGCAUGCUAAACGAUUUACGAUGACUAAGCUUUGGGGCUUUCACCUUCCUCUUGGUUUACAUGGAAGAGGAAGGGGAUCUAGGGAUGUCUUGAAGCAAUCUAGGCAAGGUGUUCUUCUUCAUGAUGCAAGCUAUCACAUUGCUGUGCAAUUGGAGGGUCCAGAGGGCUCACUCUUGUCGAUAUUAAAUAUGCUACUAGAGCCUUCUCCUUCAUCUCAUUCCAAGGAAGUUUUUGACUCUAUUCUCACAGGCCGUAGUUAUGAAAACGCCAUGCUUUAUCAUCUCGAACCACCAGUUUCUCAGGCGAUUGCUCCUGUAACUUAUAUGUGGAGACCUUCUCAGAUACCAAAGAGAAGAGAUGAGGAGAAAGGAGGGGACGGCAUAGGAACUGAUCGCCCAGUCUCAGAUAGAGAUUAUGUAGACUUUCGAAAACUUUGGGUGUGGAUCCAUGCUUCUUCCUUCACUGAAGGAUAUGCUAUUCUUAAAGUAGCUUGUCAGAAACAGAUGAAUGAGACAGGUGUCUCAGUUGAUUGCUUUUCACUCGAGGGCCAGCUUGCAAAACUUGAGAUUUUUGGUCCAAAAGCAUCUCAUCUUCUCCAGAAGACCCUACAUCCUGCUUUAAGUAGCUCAGAGGAUACCUCUAUUUCUAAAAUGUGUUCAAUGGAAAAAGCUGAGGUUAAAAACGUUGCUGAUCCUUACAAAGAAGAGAACGUAUCAUCUGGCGCUAUUUUAGCACAGUUUGUCAUAGAUCCGCGGUUAAUCCUGAAUAGUCCACGUGAUGAUAGUACAGUGUCAUUUGAAACAACCAAAACUGAGCCUACUGAGUCACUUGAAACAACAACCAACACUGAGGCUGAAACUUUUCCUGAAGUUUUCAACUGCUUGUGGGAUGCAAAUCGUGAGCUGAACCCUCCAGAAGAAGAGAACAUGUUGUGUUGGGAAAAGCAUCAAAGUCGUCUGGAUUCUCUUUGCCUCGAUGACCCAGCUGCUGAUGUUCCAAAGGUAUCUAGUAGGCUAAGGAGUUCAAGGUCUUGUCCUUUACUGCUUCUUAAACAUAAAAAACUUGGGAAUGCACCUACCGGAUGGUCUCUUAUACUUCCCGUUAGUUGGAUCAAAGUCUUCUGGAAUGCCUUGGUCUCAAAAGGAGCUCAUGCAAUAGGUCAGAGGGAGAAACGCUGGGUUUCUUGUGAUGAUGGUUUGCCCUUUUUCCCAUCAGAUUUCCCGGACUGUAAAGCGUAUUCAUCUUUUACACUGAGCGAGGCUGCAGACUUGGAAGAAAAGGCACAACGUCGCCCUCCAGCCAUAAGACCUUUCAGAAUUCCCAUUCCACCUCCAUGGAAUAGUAUCCACGUCACACGUUCUAUUGGAGAGAGUUCCAAUCAAAAGCUUACAAGCAAUGGGACGAAUGGAGUGGAAAUUUCCAGUUCUGGUGGUAAUCUAUUUGAUGGUAUCGUGGCAAGAACAUCAGAUUCGCUGACUACUUUUCUCCAAACAUUCACAAGUGACAACUUGCUUUUAUUACCUCACAACACUUCAAAAACAAACCUUAUGAAGAAGCUUCAAGAAGAUGAUAAAAAAGUAAGAGCUCAGAUCCAUCAGAGUAGUAAGAAACUGUGCCUCGUCAGAGUUCUUUUACAUGCUUUCAAGGAAGGUUCUUUCGAAGAAGGCGCGGUUGUAUGUGCACCAACUCUUGCAGACAUAUCAUUGCUAAAAUCCAGCUGCGGUGAAGGAGAAGAAGGGCGUGUUACAAUGCCGCAAUCUUCUGUAAGUUCUUACUUUCAAGAACAACCUUCUGGAAGCUGGGAACUAAAUGUCUCCGAAGACACUCUUACAGAGCAAUCUCAUAGAUGGCCAAUCGGGUUUGUAACAACAGGAUUUGUCCGGGGGAGUAAAAAGCCGGCGGCAGAAGCUUUCUGUGAUGCGGUGUUGUUAGGGAGACUAAGAGACGAGCAAUGGAGAGACAAAGAUGUAAAACGGAGGAAGAAGCAGAUUUAUGUUUUAGUUAGAAACCUAAGAUCUUGUGCGUUUAGACUCGCACUUGCUACCAUUGUCUUGGAGCUACAAGACUCUUGUGAUGUCCACUGCUUUUAAAAAUUCACAUUGUUUUGUUACAUAUAAACCGAAAAAGACAUGUUAAGAAAUGUGAAAGAGAAUUACAUUUUUCCA